AUGGACAAGCAUCAGGACGACCAAGAUCGCAUCGUCUCCACUGGAGAGAGACCUGUUAAGUCAGAUAUGGUGAAAGACCAGCCAGUUUCUUCCGAAGAUGAAAGAAUAGUUUCAGUGAAUCCUUCUCCUGCUGCAGUCAUCACAGGGCCUUCAAUUGAUGCUGCAGAACAACCCAAGUCUUCAGAUGUUGGUGGAGAACGUAGCACCCCCCAUCCGCUUAAUUUGAAUGCAUCUCAAGAACAGAGCAUUUCAUAUGGUGGUUAUGGCAGUAACACUGGUACUUGGGAUGGAUAUUCUCAGUAUCUUAAUGCCGAUGGAAUGCAUGUUGUAUCACCAGUCAUUUACAACGAUAAUCCAUCUCUUCUGUUUCACUCUGGUUAUGGCUUCAAUCCUGAAAUUGCAUAUGGACAAUAUUCACCAGUCGCUACACCUUUGCCUUCUGUAAUGGUAGAUGGCCAACUUUACUCCACGCAACAGGUCCCUUUCUCUCCAUCUUAUUACCCUCAGCCAUCUCCUCCAAGUAUGUCUCAUAUUUCUUCAGCUAUUCCAGUUUCACCAACUGAGCUGAUGACAUCAGAAAGUAAUAGCACUGACAACAUGGCCUUUGGGCCAGGAUCAGGUUACUUCGUAAAUUUUAGAUCAUUUAGCGGAGGAGAUUCGUCUGGACAUCUUGGUUCUAGUGCCUUAGCAUCUCCAGCAAUUUAUCCUCCACCAAUGGGCAUUCUUGGGUCAUAUGAACACGGUGUUGGGCAGAUUUCUCAUCAACAGGGGCCGGCGCAUGGAUUUGGAUUGAUAUCAAGUUCAUAUACUGGACGCUAUCCUCAUGGUAGUUCUUAUCAAAGCUCUAACUUUGGUGAUGCUUCCCUUUCUUAUUCAUUUGGUAAUGACCGGAACCGACUAACUGUUGACAAGAGCAGAAGAAGAGAGAGGGACUGGGACUCAAUUUGUGUUUUCAAUAGUUCACAUGAUGGCUUCAAUGACCGUAAUCGAGGACCAAGGGCUUCAAAGCUGAAGGGAAAGAAUGCUUCCGACCAGAGUUCAUUUAGUGCUAAGAAAAUGGGACUAUCUGCUUCCGGAAUUAACCUUGAUUCAUUUAACCGGCUGGAUUUUGUCACGGAUUACAAGGAUGCAAAGUUCUUUAUCAUUAAGUCUUUCAGUGAGGACAAUGUUCAUAAAAGUAUUAAAUAUAGUGUUUGGGCCAGCACGCCCCAUGGAAACAAGAAACUUGAUGCUGCUUAUCAUGAGGCACAGAGGAUAAAAGGCAGCUGCCCGGUGUUCUUAUUCUUUUCGGUUAAUGCUAGUGGACAGUUUUGCGGGGUAGCCGAAAUGGUUGGAUCUGUAGAUUUUGAGAAGGAUGCUGAUUACUGGCAGCAAGAUAGGUGGAGUGGGCAAUUUCCAGUUCAGUGGCAUAUUAUUAAGGAUGUUCCUAACAUUCGGUUUCGUCACAUUCUACUUGAAAAUAAUGACAAUAAGCCUGUCACUCACAGCCGAGAUUGUCAGGAGGUGAAUCUGAAACAGGGUAUUGAGCUGUUGAAAAUUUUCAGCGAUUAUGAUGCACGGACAUCUAUUAUAGAUGAUUUCGAAUUUUAUGAUGAGCGGGAAAAAUCCUUGAAGGAAAGGAAAGUUAGACAACAAGCUUGUUCGACUACAGAUGGUUCUGAUUCACUUGCUGUUGAUUCUGUUAAGGAAAUCUCUAAUAGUUUUGAUGAAGCCCUGAAGUUGAAAGGAAAUAGUAGUGAAGAAGUCUCAGGAACUGAGCUUAACAUUAGCUCAAAAACAGAUGCUUCAGCUAUAUUUGAACAUGAUUCUGUAGACCAAAUGUCCGAUAGCUUAUCUCAAGUAUUGCAGUUGGAAAAGGGUGAUAAAGAAAUAGUAGGACAAUCUGAAAGAAGUGGUGGACACCACAGCGGGUCUGUUGACAAGAAGGCAGCCUCAGUUGUAUCAACUGGAAGUGCCUAG